CCACUGCAUAUUUGAAUCAAUGAAUGGUUCAUUGUUUCCAUUCAUUCUCUAACUCUAUUUUCUAUUUUAAUCAAUUUAAUCACUACUAGUACUUGUUUCCCUUUCUGAAAAAAUCUUCAAUCUCACUCACCCACCAUUGACCCUGCACCCAAAUGCAGCCGUCCACACUUUUCAAGGGCAUUCCCGUCAUUCCACAAAACCCCUUUUCCCCUUAAACACUCCCACUUCUCUGUUUAAAUACUCUGCAGAUCUCCACCUCCAUUCAUUUCUCCCUCAUCUAACCACCACCGUGCCGCCGGCGACCGAGUUCCGGCGACUUCCCAACUCGUAACUCAGUCAAUCUUCUAAUCAUCUUCUCUUCACACCACUUCACAAAAUCCCUGACUCCAUUUUUCUGGAAUUUCAAACCAGGAAAAAUGGGUUCGGAAUUGAAUUACAGAAGGCACGACGAGACCCGACCCGUUAACGAUGCUUACUCUCCUAAACCCGACAAACCAUGGCUCUCUGUAACCCGCCCGAUUCGCUACAUGCUCCGCGAGCAGCGACUCCUCUUCGUCCUCGCCGGCGUCGCCAUAGCCACCGUCUUCUUCACCGUCGUCCCUUCCUCUUCCUCCUCAUCCUCCUCCUUCACCACCACCUCCCUUAAUGAGCCGGUCCCGAUCUCUUACUUCAACCACGAGUACAAGCAGCCGGCGUUCCACCACCGCAUCCACUCCGUCGGGAAGAUUCCACUGGGGAUCAAGCGAAAGGGGCUCCGGAUCGUUGUCACCGGCGGAGCCGGUUUCGUCGGGUCGCACCUGGUGGAUCGGUUGAUGGCGAGAGGCGACAGUGUGAUCGUGGUUGACAAUUUCUUCACCGGGAGGAAGGAGAACGUGAUGCACCACUUUGGAAACCCUAGGUUUGAACUCAUCCGCCACGACGUCGUUGAGCCUCUCUUGCUUGAAGUCGAUCAGAUCUACCAUCUCGCUUGCCCUGCUUCCCCUGUUCACUACAAGUUCAACCCUGUCAAAACUAUCAUAUCCAAUGUGGUGGGUACACUGAACAUGCUGGGUUUGGCUAAGAGAGUUGGUGCGAGAUUCUUGCUAACCAGUACCAGUGAGGUUUAUGGAGAUCCUCUGCAGCAUCCUCAGAAGGAAACCUACUGGGGCAACGUCAAUCCUAUUGGUGUUCGAAGUUGCUACGACGAGGGAAAGCGUACGGCGGAGACAUUGACCAUGGACUACCACCGAGGGGCCGGUGUUGAGGUUAGAAUUGCUAGAAUCUUCAACACCUACGGACCCCGAAUGUGCUUAGAUGAUGGCCGUGUCGUUAGUAACUUUGUUGCUCAGGCACUGAGGAAGGAGCCUUUGACUGUUUAUGGUGAUGGGAAGCAGACAAGAAGUUUCCAAUAUGUGUCUGAUUUGGUGGAGGGUCUGAUGCGCCUUAUGGAAGGAGAACACGUAGGACCUUUCAACCUUGGAAAUCCGGGUGAAUUCACAAUGCUUGAACUUGCCAAGGUGGUCCAAGAAACAAUCGACCCAGAUGCAAAGAUAGAGUACAGGCCCAACACAGAGGAUGACCCUCACAAGAGAAAGCCUGAUAUUGAUAGGGCCAAGGAGCUACUUGGCUGGGAACCAAAGGUGGACCUGCACAAGGGCCUCCCUCUCAUGGUUUCUGACUUCCGACAACGCAUUUUUGGUGACCACAAGGAAGGUGCAACCGUCGCCUAAUUCUUGCUCAGACCAUGUUAUGUGUACCUUAGAGUGAGAAGAAAGGGAAGAGAAGAUGCUAGUUCCAGGAUAACAGUAGUACAUUUCCCUAUCACCCCCAGAGGUUCAUUAGUAACAGCAGCAUAUGAUCUUCAUUUUGUGGUUCGUUCUUCAUCAAUCUUUAUAUGCGGGUUAUUAUUACCUUCUUUGAAAAUUUGUAGCCAGUCAUGAUGAUUUCAUUUAUCAAAUUCCUGUUAUCUAUAUUCUAUUUCUACAUUUUGUUUUAUGUAAUUGGUAUGUAUAAGAGACUACAGUUAUAGUUAUUUCAACAUAUUUACCUUUACAUUUUCUA